AGUCAUCGUAUUAGGUAUAUUAAUCUUAUACUUUUUACGUUGGAAAAAUGACCAUUUUUUAUUAUUAAUCAGUUUGAUUAAGUAAGAUAUUCAUAUUUAUUUGUUAUGUAUUAUCUUUCAUUCUAUCAAGAUUUGUCUUACGAAAGUAGACCUUCUGAAAAAUCCCUACCAACUUUUAUUUUUCGUUCAGGCAUAAAAACUGUUCUUGGUUGAAUAGAAAAGCUGAAAUACACGUGAGUUUCCGCACGCAACAGAUAUAUUGAUGCAAUCAUAAGAGUUAUCCCGAUAGUGUGACACGCCGGUAAUCUUUCUGUAAAUUCAAAAGUGGUAGGAGGUGACCGUUUGUAAGUUUUAUACGUUCAACGUAAUACUCAACCAUCCAGUCUUUCGCUUUCUCUACGGUGUCGUGAGUCGUUUAAUCCCGCGAUUCUAUGUGACCACGUGUUACCACUUGUUUGUCUGCCAAUUUCCGCAGUUACAGGACCUCCGACAACAGCAUGAGAAAAGUAUUUAAUUGGUCAGUGAACAUCAUCAGGGAUUCAAUAAAAAAAAUCGAUAACAGAAAUAUAUCAGGUUAAAAAUAUAAUAAAAAUGGCAGUUCUACUUGGAAGUGUUAUUGGAGCAAUCAAAGCUGCUGGAUUAUUAUUGACUGGAAAGUUAGCGAUACUUCCAAUUUUAAUAGCUGCAUUGGCUUAUUAUAAUUAUGAUCUGAUGGAUCCAGAAAAUCACCCUCAAGUGACGAAAAAUUUACGACGAAGUUAUGAUUUUAUUAUAAUAGGAGGUGGAAGUGCAGGAAGUGUUUUAGUUAAUAGACUCACAGAAAAUCCUAAGUGGAAUGUUUUGCUCAUAGAAGCAGGUGGACAUGAAACUGAAAUUACUGAUGUGCCAAUACUCUCCCUUUAUUUACAUAAGAGUAAAAUUGAUUGGAAAUAUAGGACGCAACCCCAGUGGUCAGCAUGUCAAGCUAUGGUUGAUCAACGUUGUUGUUGGACUAGGGGAAAGGUCUUAGGUGGUUCUAGUGUUCUAAACACAAUGCUAUACAUCAGAGGCAAUCGUCGAGAUUUUGAUCAAUGGGAAAGUUUUGGAAAUCCAGGAUGGGGUUAUGAAGAUGUUCUUCCGUAUUUCAAAAAAUCAGAAGAUCAGCGAAAUCCCUAUCUGGCUCGUGACACGAGAUACCAUAGUACAGGAGGAUAUUUGACAGUUCAAGAAUCUCCUUUCAAUACUCCACUCGGUGUGGCAUUCUUACAGGCAGGUGAAGAAAUGGGAUACGACAUCGUAGAUGUUAAUGGAGCACAGCAGACAGGUUUUGCGUUGUGGCAAUACACGAUGAGAAGAGGAACGCGGUGCAGCACAGCGAAAGCAUUUAUAAGACCAAUUCGAUUACGUCCAAACUUCCACCUCUCACUAUGGACUCAUGUCACAAAAGUUCUCAUUGAUCCAAAUACAAAACAGGCCUAUGGAGUUGAAUUUAUUAGAAAUGGCCGCAAGGAAACUAUUUAUGCUAAAAAAGAAGUCAUAUUAUCAGCUGGAGCAAUUAAUUCACCUCAGUUAUUAAUGUUAUCUGGCAUAGGUGAUGCUAAUCAUUUAAGAGAAGUUGGAAUCAAUCCAAUAGUUCAUUUGCCUGGAGUAGGCCAGAACUUACAAGAUCACAUUGCUGUUGGUGGAUUAGCUUUCUUGAUAGACUAUCCGAUCAGUAUAGUGAUGAAUCGUCUAGUGAAUAUUAAUUCAGCUCUGCGUUAUGCCAUAACAGAAGAUGGUCCAUUAACAUCAAGUGUCGGCUUAGAAGCCGUUGCCUUUAUUUCUACUAAAUAUGCAAAUCAAACUGAUGAUUGGCCGGAUAUAGAAUUUAUGUUGACCGCAUCAUCUACCAAUUCCGACGGUGGAACUCAGGUAAAAACUGCCCAUGGACUCAGCGAUGAUUUUUAUAAUCAAGUUUUUAGAGAAAUAAAUAAUCGAGAUGUAUUUGGAGUAUUUCCAAUGAUGCUUAGACCCAAGUCUCGAGGGUACAUUAAAUUGAGGUCGAAGAAUCCUCUGGAACAUCCUCUUAUGUAUCAUAAUUAUCUGACACAUCCGGAUGACGUUAAUGUACUGAGAGAGGGUGUAAAAGCAGCUAUCGCCCUUGGAGAAACCGCAACUAUGAGAAGGUUUGGUGCUAGAUUUCACAGUAAACCACUUCCUAAUUGUAAACAUUUACCUUUAUAUACUGAUGAAUAUUGGAAUUGUGUUAUUCGACAAUAUACCAUGACAAUAUAUCACAUGAGUUGUACUGCUAAAAUGGGACCAUCAACAGAUCCCAUGGCAGUUGUUGAUCCAGAAUUACAUGUAUAUGGAGUCAAAGGGCUAAGAGUUAUUGAUGCAUCUAUUAUGCCAACGAUUACUAACGGAAAUAUUAAUGCUCCUGUCAUUAUGAUAGCAGAAAAAGGAGCUGAUAUGAUUAAAGCGGAAUGGUCGACAAGGUGGAAAAGAAGUAUUAAUGCUUCUUACGUAUGAAAACAUUGAUUUUAUGAAUAGAAACAUUAGUAUUCUAUUGAAAAUUCAGUGUACAAACCUUAGUUCAUUAUUCAGAAGUAUUUAUGUUUGUAAAAGUCAAUAGAGUAAAAUUAUUUUAUCGCAUUUUCAAUUGAAAUUUUUUUUUUAAUGAGUUAUGUAACAUUAUUUUUACAUCACAUUUCGACUUCUUUUAUAACGUUGAAAGAAGGAAAAAUAUAAUACUGAAGAGAACCAUUCAAUUGAAUACCGAAAACCUGUUUGAAAUUUUAGGAAAUCAACUUUUUCUAAAUCAAUGAAAUCAUCAAUUGAUGGGUAUAAUUUUUUAAUUAAUUAUUUAGAGUAAAAAAUAUCUUUUUUG